AAGUAUUACGAGAAAAUUACUUUUAUUCUGAAACUAUAGAAAGUUUGUGAGUAAAUAAAAUUUUUUUUUACUGUUUUUUAAUUAUUUAUCAAGUAAAUGAUCAAUACUCGUCAUCAAAUAAUUUAUUAGAUGAGCACAAUGGAAACGUAUACUCUGGAACUAGAUCCAUCAACGCAAAAAUACUUGACACUUUACUUAUACAAAGACGUAAAAAAUAUGCCAGACAUUCGUAAGAAAAUAUUAUCUGGUGAAUUGGAGUGCUGUGUGCUAAAAGCCGCACUUGUUGCUGAUUCUUUCCAAGUCGCGGUAGCGGCCAACAAAGCGGUGCUUAGAGAAAAAGCCGGCACACUUGUUACCAAGUCAUUAUUCACUGAAAUUAUUUUCGCCAUGUCAUCUUCAUCAAACAUAUCAUUGUCACUGACCAAGUUCGGAGUUAAUGACAAUGACAGGGAUAUUUUAGUAGCACUUAUUCAUCACGAAAAUGACAGAGAAUCGGUAGCUGAGAAAAUUCUCCGUUUCGUUGAUGGACAGAAGACUCCAAUCUCGCAGCUGGAUAAAGUAACAGACGUGAAAUUGGUAAGAAAAAUUUAUAAAAUCGAGGACGAGGAACUGAAAGUCUCCAGUCUGGUAGAUUCAAUCGUCAGUAGGAUAGGUGGAGAUUAUCCAGUAUCACUUAAAUAAAUAGUAUAUGUUGUUUUUAUAAUUAAUAUUUAUUAUUUGUAUUAAAUAAAGACCAGAUUUAGUUA